ACCGUUGGAUUCGAUGUCUCUCUAUAUACCCAAAGCUCAAAUCGUUUCCCACUCAAACGUAUACCUUCUGUCACCACCGCCGACCUUCCGGCGAGGCAAUUCAGUCCAACCCUAAGAUUUCUUCAGCGAUCGCCGCCGCUCAACACUCUCUACUACUCCAACCCUCUUCGCAUGGCGGCAUCGAUUAACUCCGGCGAUCUGUCAAAGUUCUCCGGCGUGGCGCGGAGCUCGCUAAUCGAGCCAGACGGUGGAGAGUUGGUGGAGCUGGUGGUUCCAGCCGAGGAUCGGGCGGCGAGGCGGGGGGGGGGGGCGGGGGUGGUGAGGAUCGGGAGGGUGGAUUUGGAGUGGGUGAAUGUGCUAGCCGAGGGAUGGGCGAGUCCUCUGAGAGGGUUUAUGAGGGAGGAGGAGUACUUGCAGAGUCUGCAUUUUAAUUCGAUUAGGAUGGAAGAUGGAUCGGUGGUUAACAUGUCGCUGCCGAUUGUGCUUGCUGUUGACGAUUGUGCCGUCGAAGCUAUCGGCGUCUCUGCCGAUGUUGCUCUUGUUGGGCCCGAUGGAGAUUUUGUGGCUAUCUUGAGAAGCAUUGAAAUAUAUAAACACAAUAAAGAAGAAAGGAUUGCAAGAACAUGGGGAACAACAGCUCCUGGAUUACCUUAUGUUGAGGAGGUAAUCAGGCCUGCUGGAAAUUGGCUCAUUGGGGGAGAUCUCGAAGUGCUGGAGCCUAUCAAGUAUAACGACGGCCUCGAUCACUACCGCCUCUCUCCUCGACAACUUCGCAAUGAAUUCAAUAGCCGCCGGUCUGAUGCAGUGUUUGCUUUUCAGUUACGAAAUCCUGUGCAUAACGGCCAUGCAUUGUUAAUGAAUGACACACGAAGGCGCCUCUUAGAAAUGGGUUACAAGAAUCCGAUCCUCCUAUUGCAUCCUUUAGGAGGCUUUACAAAAGCAGAUGAUGUCCCAUUGGAUGUUCGGAUGGAGCAGCAUUGUAAGGUUCUGGAAGAUGGAGUUCUUGAUCCUAAGACUACCAUCGUAGCAAUAUUUCCAUCGCCGAUGCACUAUGCCGGUCCCACUGAAGUACAGUGGCAUGCGAAGGCUCGAAUGAACGCAGGAGCGAACUUUUAUAUUGUUGGUCGUGAUCCUGCCGGAAUGGCUCAUCCGAUGGAAAAGAGAGAUUUGUAUGAUCCAGAUCAUGGGAAAAAGGUUUUGAGUAUGGCUCCAGGAUUAGAGAAGCUCAAUGUUUUGCCUUUCAGGGUUGCAGCAUAUGACACUGCGGUAAAGAAGAUGGCAUUUUUUGAUCCUUCUAGAGCUAAAGAGUUCCUAUUCAUCUCUGGUACCAAGAUGCGGGAAUAUGCGAGGAAUGGAGAGUCUCCUCCUGAUGGAUUUAUGUGCCCAGGCGGAUGGCAAGUUUUGGUCAACUAUUAUAAAAGCUUGCAAGCAGAAGAAACCGAACAGUCUGCUGCUGCUGCUGUAUAUGUUUAAAGAACUCCGAGAGAACAUUAAAGGACCACAUUUUUUUAUGCUAAAUUCACUAAUUCAAUCCUAUACGUGUUACUAGAAGCAGCAGUUGAUGAUGUUUGCAAAAUGGUAUAAAGAUGUAAUUUCUACUGAUUUUUAUAGAUUUUA